AUGCUGGGUCACACGGAAGGUUACGGCUUGAUUGUAACAGGACGCUCUUGCAGCAGCCAUGCCUCUCGGGGCGGUGCACGCCGCGGGCCUCCGCUCCGGCUUCCCCUCCUCGCACCGCCUCUGCUGCCUCAUUUCCUGCAGCGCAGGCAGAGCGGAAGGUUUGCUGCAAGCUUCUCUCCGCUCCCCUCCUGCCCGGCCCCGCCGCGCUGCGUCCUGCCCUUCGAGAUGCCGGCUUACCACUCAACUUUAAUGGACUCUGACACCAAGCUAAUUGGGAACAUGGCGCUGUUACCCAUCAGAAGCCAGUUUAAAGGCCCAGCACCUCGGGAAACUAAGGACACAGAUAUUAUAGAUGAAGCCAUCUACUACUUCAAAGCUAAUGUUUUCUUCAAAAAUUAUGAAAUUAAGAAUGAGGCUGACAGAACACUGAUCUACAUAACGCUCUACAUUUCUGAGUGCUUGAAAAAGCUGCAAAAGUGUAACUCCAAAGGCCAAGGAGAGAAAGAAAUGUACACACUAGGAAUCACUAACUUCCCAAUCCCUGGGGAGCCUGGCUUUCCGCUUAAUGCCAUUUACGCCAAACCUGCCAACAAGCAGGAGGAAGAGGUGAUGAGGGCCUAUCUGCAGCAGCUGAGGCAAGAAACUGGUCUUCGCCUUUGUGAAAAAGUAUUUGAUCCUCAAAGUGACAAGCCUAGUAAGUGGUGGAUCUGCUUUGUGAAGAGACAGUUCAUGAACAAGAGUCUGUCAGGUCCUGGGCAGUGAAGAGGCAAAGUAGCAACAACAUGAAACACUUCCACAGCAAGGUGUAUAAAGUAUUUUGCCUUUGUUUUGGAUACGUUUUGUACCAAGGAAGAAUUAAGUGCUUAUGAAGAAAAAAAAAAAAAAGAAAAAAACCCCCACAAACCAGUCAAUGAGGGAUUAAGGGAGGGAGAGCAAAAAGAUAAUUUGUGUAAGCAAAUAUUAUUAAGCUGGUGCUUAAUAAGUGAUUUCUAACAUGCUGUUUCAGAUGCAAGCUGCUUUAUUAUCAGUGGCUACAGCUAGCAUUUAAAACAGGGCUUGUAUUUAAGAGAAGAAAUGGGCUUGCCUGUGGGGCAGGGGGAGCUGCGUGAUUGCUCUACUGGCUAGAGUCUCAGUAUCGUAUGUCCACAGAAAACGUACCUUUCACGCUGUGUUGUCAAGUGCAGUGAUUUUUACCUUGUUUUCAAUAAACUUGGCUUGU